AUGGCUCAGCACUGGGAGUGGGUUCUGAAGACCGCUCAAGAUUUGCAUAAACGCACUCAGAGUCUCAGUGUAGCUGAUAGGGUGUUGUUGUCUGAUGCGUUUGAGUCUGGGGUGAGCGGCGUCCGAAUCCCAGAUGGACAAGCCGUGCACGAGAACAAGCUGUUGUUGACACUCAUGAAUGUGUUGCCAAGCGACAUUAAGCGACCGUUAUUGGAGGGAAGGCCAAACUCUUCACCCUCAAGUGUGGAGCUUCUGCAUCAGACAUACGAGUGGUUUAGUCCGGGGGGUAAAGAAGAUUGUCGUUCACUCCUUGAUUUCGUUCGGAGACCAGGCAGCAACUCAUCUAGUGUCAGUGGGUGUCGGGCGCAUCUGCGGUUGUGGAGGACGGCCAGGUCGAGACUGAAUCGUCUUGGGAUGUCGCAACCGCCGGCUACGGAGCUUCUGAUUGCCCUUGAGGAAGUUCUAGCGCCAAUGGAGCGCAAGUUUGAGACACUUCGUUUUGCUCUUCAAAAUGCUCGCUUGUCGCACGGUGUCCGACAGCCAACUGCGUCCGGGAUUGCUGAGUUUGAAAAGCUUGCAGAACAAGAGUUGUUACUGCUAGAUCAGGAUGAGCGGGUUAGAGUGGCAUCUUCCACCGAUGUCCGGGUGGCUUCAGCGGCUGACGCAGUCAAGGUCAAACCAUGCCACUUCUUCAACAAGCCUGGCGGGUGCAAUCGCAAUCCUUGUCCAUUUGCGCAUAUCCCACGGGAGAAGUCCACGCCUGACAAGCCAUCACCAAAGCCUAAACCAAAGCCAAAGCCUAAAGCAAAGCCAAAGCCCAGCCCAAAAAGGGAAGACGGCCAGCACCCUAAUGCCAAACCUAAGGCAGAUCCAAAGGCCAAAGCUAAAGCAGCAGCAGCCAAGGCCGACAAGCCGGUUGUAGAGAUCAUCACGUCAAUGAUGCAAGUGUCGCCUGAAGCAGCAACGGCUAUCAAUGCACUUGGUCCUGAUAACGGUUCAGGGGGUUUGCCGUGGGUGUUAGUUGACUCCGGUGCAAAUCAGAUUCUUCGUCCUUGGAAUGAGCAAGCGGAGAAAGAUCUGGAAGGUGCGGCGCCUCUCUUGGUGACUCUGGCUAGUGGAGAGCAGAGGCAAGGCUGGAGAACAGUCGAAGGUGAAGUGAUGUUGCCAAAGCAAUCGGGCAAUGAUCAUCAGCAUCACCCGUGGAUCUUGCCGGUCACUCGGUUGGUUAAGGAUCUUGGCUAUCAAGUAGUAUGGUCAGAAUCAGGAGCCGAGUUGAUAUCACCCCACGGAAAGCACAUUCAGUGUCACUCGUAUCAUGAUUUGCCUUACAUCAGGUGGAAAGAUUUCAUCCCGAUUCGCAGACAGCUUGCUCACAAGUACCGCUCACGGAAUGCCACAGUGAAUCAAGCAGAUGCGAGCUCUCCUUGUGAGUGCGACUCUGUAGAUGCAGAAUGCGUUCUGCAAGAUGCUUCUCUGUGGUUAGGGGACUGCGAGUCAAGCAUCGCUUCCGUCCGCAAAGUCCAAAUGCAGGCGGUUGAAAGCCUGGCAAGAACUCUUCUGCCCCAGUGUGAGGUCUCAAAGCCAUCUGAGCUUGGAGAUUUCUUGGAAAUGGUGCUUCGCGAAUUGCCCUACAAGUCGCGUCAUGUUCGUCGCGAUGCUACAGUGCUUGACGGGGGUAGGUGCAACAGCAUUGUGUUUGGGUUGUAUCAGCAUGGAGGCUUCAUCGGCCUCACAACGGCCACGUAUCAACUGCCAGAAACAGCCGAAUUCAUCAAUGCUGUUCUCGCACGACAACUGCCUGAAAACGCUCGUUGGACUUCGGUUCAGAUUGGGAUGAACACCAGGGCCAGCCCGCAUCGAGACACUCGCAACACCGGUCCCUCAUACCUCAGAUCGUUUGGUGAGUUCAGCGGGGGAAGACUGUGGGUUCAAGAUUCGGGAGGUGAUGUCGAUGCAGUGAUUCAUGGAGUGUCAAUGACAGGAAGCAUGCAUUCUACAUAUGGUCAUUGGUUGAAGUUGGAUGCCAAGGGACUGUACCAUGCUGUGGAGCAAUUUGUGGGCACACGUGUAUCAGUCAGCGUGUACGUGACAGGAUCGGGUAAACUCGUGACAUCUGAGAUGGGACAGGUCCUGGAACGCUUGAAAUUCCGAGUCCCAGAGACCCAUGCAGGAAGUCACAAUCCCUCACGCGUGGCCACAGUGCAGGACGUCGUUCAGACAGCCCCAGAAGUCACGCGCAUAGCAUUCAGUCUGAUUUUUCCAAGUCAAGUGCCCUGUUCCCAGAUCUGCAAAUCAGCUGUCCCGCUUGAGGAGGAGCCACCUGUCAAGAUCUGCUUCGGGCCAUUGGCCGGACCUUCAGGACAGAAGGAUGAGCAUGCACGAUGCGGACACACUCCAGCCCGCCCAGACUGCGAAGCAUGCCAAGAGUCGCUUGGGUUACGACGUAUGCACCGUAAGGUCAGCAUUGAUACAAGGACAACGGCAGUGCUUAGUUUGGACGUCACUGGACCACAUCCCAAAGCGCUGGAAACCGAAGCUACAUAUGCGCUCGUUGCUGUGGCAGCUUUGAGUGACGGACUGAACCUCGUCUACGUAGUCCCCUUGAAAGACAAGACGUCGUUGAGCGUGUUGCCGGGCACGAUGAAAGUCUUGUCAAUGCUGAGAUCACUUUACGGUGGAUUUCUGCCCAUUGCACAGAUACAUUCAGAUUGUGAGGGCGAAUUCUUGAGCACAGCUUUUCGUCGGGCAAUGCUAGACGCAGGUCUCAAACAGACUACGACACAGCCGGGGGAUCCCAGCCAGAACGGACGAACAGAAAGGUAUAUUGGUUUGACCAAGACCCGGACAAUCGCCAUGCUACAGGAAGGCAGACUGCCGCUUACUUUGUGGUCACAUGUGAUGGUGCAUGCAGCCUUCCUUCUUCGCCAGUCUGCGCUAAGCCGCGACAUUCCGGCUAAGUAUCCUGCACCAGGUGAUUGUGUUCUCGUUCCGGCAAAGAGCGAAGCAGUUCGUGAAGGUGGGGAUUUCAUUCCCAAGGUGAGGUAUGGAGUGUUUCUCGGGGUUGACGAGUCAAUUCCCGAUGGAGCUGUGGUCGCAGUCCGUGAAGGUUCGCACACCUCUUUCCUGCAUGUGUCUGGUCCAAAGAAGUGGCGUUCACCUGGGAUAAAGCGUUGGCGAAUGCAUGCACAUCCCAACGAUGGCUCAAAGGCUGUCUGGAUUUCCAGCGAGGGAGAUGUGGUGUGGACAGCCCCACACCGUGAAACCAUUUUGUCGUUUGAGGAGCGCAGGCCAGCUGACAGUACAAGUGAUGUGGGCGACUAUGUCCGGAAAGGUUUUCCCGGCUGGGACGCUCAACGACACUACAACCUGUUCACACACUCUUGUGAGUCGCCUGAUGAGCAUGGUGAGGUCACGGAUGUGCCGCAGGGUGGCGUCGAGGUAUCAUGGUUCGAAAUUGCUGGAUUCCAGGCUGGAUUGGUCAAGGAAGCUGCGAACGGGGAUGAUGUUUGGAAAGUGUGCGGUGAUUAUCUUGUCCGUAGGCAUCUCACACCGAGGGUUGGGAUGUUUGUCCCAGUUGAGGACGACAUGUGUCCUUCUCCGAACACAACCUUAUGUCCACCGAGGGUGACGGUUGUGUUAACUGAGGAGGGCCAGAGGCAAGUACUGUUUGACAGAUGGGUGGAAGGAGUGCCGGAUAGGCCAGCCUACUCAGAUCACCGCAAGUGGCGAGGUGUCACGUUAUUCCGCAUCAUCAAAUCAGAAGCACCCAGGACAGAGGUCGCUGAGGGAGCUGAGGCGGUCCCCGCAGCCAUGGUGCAGGCAUUUCAACCUCAAGAACCAAAGUCCAAAGACAGAUACUGGCUCCCCGAUCCCGACGCGCAGGUGCAAAUGCAUCGCAUGGACCAGGUAGCGGAGUGUUUGGAAACAGAUGCUCUUGUGAACGUUUCUGUUGAUCCGCGGGAAGCUGAGAGGGCUGAUGAGUCGGAAAGGGCUCGCUGGGAAGAUGGUAUACGUCAAGAGCUUGGGAAUCUGGACGCAAUGGAGGUCAUGGAGCGAGUGACUGAAGAGGAUCUGAGAAAGCGGAGGGCAAAUGGCGAAAAAAUCCCCAGGCCUUUGCCCAGCAAACUGGUCCUAGUCAAGAAGCCCCAGCCGGAAGCUGCAGAGGGUGAGGGAGGCUACAAGUACAAAGCCAGAAUCGUGGUUUGUGGAAACAUGCAGGCCGAAGCUGCAAAAGAAAUCGGCAAUCGCAGCGAGGUUCCUGAUGCUUUCUUCACUCGAUGCUUGUUCACACUGGCGUUGCUGAGGUGGUUCAGCUUCACCAUCCUCGAUGUUAAUGCUGCCUUCUUAUACGCUGGUCUCCCAGAAGGUGACCCAGCUAUAGUGGUUGCGCCGCCGGCGCUUCUCCGACGUUGGAAGCUCGCAGGUCAAACAGAGAUGUGGGUGCUGAAGAAAGCCCUAUAUGGGCUCAGGGCUUCGCCGCGCCAGUGGGCAAGGGAACGCAACAACACCGUGCGCAACAAGAAAAUCAGGUUGUCCGAUGUCGAGGUUGCAAUGUUUGCGCCCGCAGACGUUCAUGAACACGUGUGGGUCCUCAAGUCCACAAAGCGAGGGAUUGUCGCGUAUGCUUUGUUUUACGUGGAUGACAUUUUGGUUGCAGCUCAGGCCGAUGUGUUGCAUCUUGUCAGAAGGGCCAUCAAGGAAUGGUGGAAGGUGAAAGAUCAAGGCACACUCAUCAAUCCGAAGGAUCCCAUGUAUCAGCAUGACUUGCACGACGAGUUGAAUCCUCAAGCCGAGCUAGGGUUUUUGGGGAUGAGGCUUUCCUUUGUAGGGGAGUUUUUGGCAUGUCACCAAAUUCCUUACCUCAAGAGUUGUCUUGGGGAGCGCAAGUUUGGCGACAUAAAAGGUUCGCAAAGUUUGCCAGCUGUCACAGAAGGAGGCGAGCCUGAGUUCGAGGAUCGCAACUGUGACAGAUAUCGGGAGCUUGUGAGAGCAUGCCAGAAAGAGGUUGGAGCGUUGCUGUGGGCGUCACAGCGCUCACGCCCGGACAUCGCUGCAGUGAUAGGGGUGUUAGGCUCGCAAUUGGUCGUUCAACCAACUAAGGUUUUGGGGUGGUGCCAUCAGGUUUGGAGAUAUUUGGCUAACACUGUCGAAAUCAAGUUGAUGUUUCGCCAGAGUGAUGCAAGUGCGAUUUCCCUGAGCGUGUCUGCCGAUGCUAGCUUCGCAGCAGGCGGUGAUAGAAGCCGCAGCGGAGUGGCAGCCCUAUUAUGCGGCCAGCUCGUGCAGUGGUCGUCGGUUCGUCAGAGUCUCGCAGCUGCGAGCGCAGUGGAAGCCGAAAUCCAAGCCGCCGGACUGGGAUCGGUGACAGCAAUAGCCGUGCUGAACCUUGUUCGAGGGCUGCUGGAUGAAGGCUCGGUGAUUGAAACCGAGCUUUUGUCUGACAACACAGGAUGCAUAGCAAACAUAACGCAUGCAGUGACAUCGUGGAGGAAUCGUCACUACUGCGUGAAGGCAGCUGCUUUGAGAGACCAGCUUCAGGAACACAGCAUUGCUUUGCGCUAUUGUUCGGGCAAGCUGAUCUUAGCAGAUGCUCUAACAAAGAUUUUGGGAAGACAAGCCCUAGAGAUCGCACGGGCCGCGUUGAGACUAGCUUGA